AUGUCUGACGGUUGGAACACCAUUGAUUCCGACGCCGGUGUGUUUACAGAGCUCGUGGAAAAGCUACAAGUGCCCAAUGUUGAGUUGGAUGAUAUUUUUUCUAUAGAUUCCGAUUCGCUUCUGCAAUUUGCUCCACUUCAUGGUGUAAUUUUUCUCUUUAAAUAUGGCAAUAUUGAUCGCCAAUACGCCAGUGAUGGAAAUAAACCUCUUGCGGGAACAUACGAUAAAGAUUAUCAAGAAAAGGGGAUUUUUUUCGCCAAACAAACCAUUCAGAAUGCCUGUGCUACUCAGGCUGUUCUCAACAUUCUCAUGAAUAGUAACAUUGAUUUGGGCCCAGAACUCUCCAAUUUCAAGUCUUUUGUGACAGGGUUCGAUAGCGAGAUGACUGGUGAUACUAUAUCCAACAGUACUUUGAUCAGAACUGUCCAUAAUUCGUUCUCUGCUCCACCGAUGAUUGCUAACGAUAAGAGACCACCACAACACAAUUACUACGAUCAUGACGACGGUUUGUUCCAUUUUAUAGGCUACCAGAACAUUGAUGGCACUCUCUAUGAACUUGAUGGGCUCAAGAGCUAUCCAAUUGAGCACGGACCUUGCACAAAAGAAACGUUUCCCCACGCAGUUUCCGAGGUUCUCAUGAAACGAAUUUCAAUGUAUAGUGGAGAACUUCGAUUUUCGCUUUUGGCAAUUACCCACAAUCGGCUCGAGUAUUUCAAGCAAAUUGAUGACGCCGAGGCUAUGAGUCAGGAAGUGGUGAAACGUGAGCAAUGGGCCCGUGAAAACAAAUUGCGUCGUCAAGAUUAUACUGGGUUGAUUGGCGCUUUGGUAACUAGCCUCGCUUCAGAGUGUAGUGAGAGUGAAUGGACCCGUUUGCUCAAGGAAGCAGAGCAUAAAGGCCACGUUCGUAUGAUACAGGAUUACAAGAGUAUCAGAAGAUAG